ACGAAAAGAUAAACAAACAACACUUACUUGAAAUAAGCAGUCACGAACAAAUUGUACCAAACUCUUCACUAACUCUGAAAAAGAAUUUAAUUCAAAGUGUUGAACCUUUGCAAGAUAACUCGCAUGAAAAGGAAGAAUUUAGUGAGAUUAGAAAAAUCAGAGAUAUUCUUCUCCAGAACAAGAGAAACUACAAAGAAUUAAGUGAUCUGCCAGUAUUCAAUGAACCAGUUCAGAAGGAUAGAGAGUUUGAAAUCUGUUCAAUAAGUUUAGAGACACUUUCUUCUUGUCCAGACAUCUAAUUGUUGAUAGAUUUUGAAGAGCUGACUGAACUUCCAAGUAAAAUUUUUCCUCAUUCUACAGCUGUCAAAAAUGGAAGGCAUACUUAAAGAUGUAAAAUUAAAAAUGCACAAGGUGAAUGAUACUUUACUAGAGAGUAUUUUUAGCGAGUACAAAAGUAAUGGAAAACUUGUGUCUGAGACAAUUGUUUCUGUAGAACCAUCGUGCAAGGAGGACAUAAAUCCCAUGAUUAGGAAACUCAAACUUUUACAUAAAGGAGGUACAAGUUAUAAAGAAAUUCUGAAGGAUUUGGAACAAAUUUCAGACUUUGAAAAAAAGUUUUUAAUUCAUCAGUUUUAUACUGAAUGCACUGAUAUUGCAAAAAUAUCUUUUAGAUCUUUUAGAGCGCAGUUAAAAAGUCAUCUUGGUCAUAAUGCAUAUAUUAAAAGUUUAGUACAAGAAAAUGAAGAUGAGGUUAUGUAUUAUGAAAACGUGUGGAAUGCCGAUAUUACUUUGUUCAGAUAUCCAUUACAUUUGGUGGUUGAAUGCAAUAACAGGCAAAAGGCAGAUUUUCUGUUGAAAGAGAAAAAUGUGGAUAUUAAUUCCAGAGAUGUCAAAGGUCAAACGCCAUUGCAUUGGCUUGUUCUUUAUUCUGAUUACUGUACACCAGACAGAAAGUAUUCAGAUAUAAAUAUUUUGACAGAUGAAGUGAGUCUUUAUGAAAAAAUAAUAAAACAACAGGAAGAAUAUAGAAAUGUUUUAGAUAAAAGACAUUCAGAUAUGCUUUUGUGGUGCGAGGAAAAUGGCGCUAGCAUUGUCACCAGAGAUAAAAACGGUAUCAGUCCUAUUUUUUAUGCUGCUUUAACUGGACAGAAAUGGCUCGUUGAACGUUGGUUGGAUGAUCAAUUUAACCUAGAUUCGCUGACCAAAAUUCUAACAUGUGAGCUGUUUGCAGCCCAAAGAUUUAAAGGUUUUAGAGAUAAUUUUGAAGAUGGAGAAGAAAAGUUUGUAAGAGCUCUUGAAAUGAGAUCUGCUCAUGCUUUAGAACUUCCUUUAUUUAAGUCUGUCAUUCCCUGGAUUAUAGAAGAACCCAAAAGUAUUACAGAUUUUAAAAGUCUUGUAUCAGCCAACUCCAGAAAAAAUCCUUUAUUAGCCAUUCUUUCCUGUAGAAUAAUGGAAAGAGUUAUGGGCCCUAUUUCAUGCCAGUUCUUUAUGGCUGCUUUAAAAUUGGAAGAAGAAUUAUAUCGGAUUGAAGAAGAAAAGGAUCAAGCUUUUGUAGAUAUGACAAUGCAGUUAGUUUUUUAUCGAAGACAUAUUAUGAUCGAGCAUUUUGAAAUAGGGCUUGAUGGGAUUUCUCUUGACCAUUAUAUUAGAUAUUCAAGAGAAACAAUUUUGGAAAGAAAUAUUGAUAAAAUGUCAAAUGUAGAUAUUUUGAAAUUUGUGAACCUCCUUUUGAUUGAAUUGCAUUUUUUGUUAGAACACGAAAACAAGGGUAAGAAUAACUGGUUAAAGAGGGAGAGUAACAUUUACAAUGUACAUUAUGAAGGUGAAGCCAAUUUUGUUGGAGAGAAAGCUAUUUUAUUUCUUUCAUACAUUGUAUCUAGAAGUUUAACAGAUAAAGAGAAGCUUCAAGUACAAAAUUUCCUCUUGGAAAUCUCUUUUAUCGGCAGAACUCUACCUUAUGUAACUGAAUGGUUGCAGCGAACCAUCAAACAAACCUAUAGUCAUCUUCUGCGUUUGAACAAUUAUGUUUGUGAUAGAAAACAUGUUGAAGUCCAUGGAUUCAGAUAUGCUGCUUGGAUUUUCAUUCUAGAAAAACUAAUUGAAUAUGGUGUCACUCCUGAGGAUUUUAAUGAGUUUUUCGAUAAACACUCUGAAAAAUUUUAUGAUGCUCCACUAAACAUUCUUUGUAAAUAUUACAGAGAUGUUCAAACAAGUGAUUUAAAUGAUGAGUAUGAUGAGGUUAAAAAAUACUUGAGCAGUGAACUGUUUCGAAUGGUCAAAUUGAUAGUGGAUGCUGGUGCACAUGUGGACAUGGCCAAUUUUGAUGAUGUAACAUCACUUCAACUUGCAAAAGGCACUACACUUGAACCUUUAUUGUUGUCAUAUAGAAAUCUGCAAUGUCUUGCAGCAAGAGCUGUUGCAAAACAUAAAAUUCCAUUUGAAAACAUUCUUUCCAAAGGUCUGUGUGAAUUUGUGAAAAUGCAUUUUUGGUAAUGUGGUUUAUUUUCAUGAAGAUUAAAUUUCAAAAGCUCA